AUGAAUAGUGACCCGGUGCUGAUCGAAGCACGGGUUAAUAGAGGUAUUCAGGUGCGCGCCCUUGUUGAUACCGGAUGUGACUGCUACGCCGUAAUCGACGAAGCUGUAGUUAAGAGACUGCGGAUUCCAUUUAUCGACAGGAAUCCAAGGCGGUUAGGUGGGUUUUCCGAGGCGACUAAAGACGUGAUGUCGCCAGGGAUUGUAGUCUUUAUGAUGGAGACUGGAGGAUACGACGAACGCAUCUUUGCUUAUGUCGUUCCGCGGUUAGGCCAAGAUGUGUUCCUGGGCCGGCCGUGGAUGAAGAAGAACAAGGUGGUAUACGACGCGGCUGAACAGCGAGUCUACCACGGGGUUGCCGGCAUUACCAUACGGCUCUUAGGACAGGAAGAGCCCGAAGGGGUAAAGGCGAUCCGAGCCGCCCGUGUUGUGCCGGCGGCUGUGUUUGCGGCAGAGUGCCGCCGAGGGAGGAAGCGCCGAGGGCACGGCGCGGCCGCAGUGCAAGCGAUCAGCCUGUCUGAUAUUGAGAAGGCAUUGAGGCCAAAACAGCCAGUGGAUCCGAGUAAGACAGUUCCCAAGGAAGUGCUGGACGAAUUCAAAGAUCUAUUCUCGCCGGAAGAAGCGAUGAAGCUGCCUCCGCACCGACCAGGGGUCGACCACGAAGUACAUUUGCAACGUGAUAGCGACGGGAACGAACCACCACUGCCGUGGGGACCAUUGUAUAGUAUGUCCCGCGAGGAGCUCCUCGUGUUGCGGAAAACACUGCGGGAUCUGCUGGAUAGAGGGUUUAUCCGGGCAAGCAGCUCGGCAGCAGCUGCCCCAGUGUUGUUUGUGAAGAAACCAAACGGCGCGUGA